AUUUAUGUAGAGAUGCGAGAAAGGUUUAUCAUUGAACAGCUGUCUACAUUUGGUUAAUAAUAAAAAAGGACAGAAACUCCGGAUACCUAUUGAGAUGAUUUAUGUAGAGAUGCGAGAAAGGCAAGCGAUGUGCCGGUGUAUAAAAGGAAGACAUCAGUAUUACAUCAACAUACGAGUCGUAAAGCACACUCAUCGUCCUAACAAUGCUUAGGUAUACAAUCGCAGCCGCAGUAGCAGCUGGUGCUUAUGCAUCGCUGGAUGCUUCCUACAAGCCAGCCAGCGAUUUCACAAAGGCUGAGAUCGCAGAGUCUGUCAAGAACCUCGACUUCAGCGACUAUACAAUGUACGAGGAGGUUGACCGUGGAUUUGUUGUCGCACCAGACACGACAAGAAUCAUGGAUACAAGCGGCGAAAAUGUAGCUAUCGAUUCCGACGCCAUCAUUGCGCUAGUUACGCCUGAUUCCACCGUAUGUCCUGACACCGUCAACCCCUCCACAUGGCGACAGGCACAGUUUAUAGCGCGUACUGGCGUCUACAAAGUGCAAGACAAAGUGUAUCAAGUACGUGGUAUGGAUCUGGCUACAAUGACUAUCAUUGAAGCUCCUGAAGGACUCAUAGUGGUAGAUCCACUUGGCAGCUCCGAGCCUUCCAAGAUAGCAUUCGACCUAUAUUUGACACACGUUGGUCCCCAUACCGGUGCCAAUCUAACACUACGCAGUGUCAUUUUCACACACUCUCACAUCGAUCAUUUUGGCGGAGUCCUCGGGCUCGCACCAGAGGAAUCCUUUACUAACGGAUCCAUUCAAGUGGUUGCUCCUUUAAACUUUGUUGAAGAAGCGCUGUCCGAGAACUAUAUGGUCGCCGGAUCGAUGUUUCGACGCGCGUUUUACAUGUACGGAAACCUUAUCAAACCUCAUGCCCAGGGCUCGAUCCAUGCUGGACUCGCAUUCGGUGCUGCCAACUCACAGUUUGGCUUCGUGGCACCCACCCUCUCUAUUGACACCGAUCUUGAACACCAUACAGUAGCUGGACUGGACUUUGAAUUCAUGCUGACUCUGAGUACAGAAGCGCCAAGUGAGUUUCACUUCUUUGUUCCCGAGUUGAAAUUACUUAACACGGGUGAAAAUGCUGUUAUGGGGAUGCAUAAUUUCUUAACGCCCAGAGGUGCGAAAGGUCGGGAUACUAUGAAGUGGGUUGCGGCGCUCCAGAAGACCUUAGAUCAUUAUGGUUCCAAAGCGGAGAACAUGAUUGGACAGCAUCACUGGCCUAAAUAUGGCAAUGCUGCUGUUGUCGCACAUCUUGAAAAUUAUCGUGACACUAUCAAGUUCACCCAUGACCAGGCUGUUCGUUUGCUUAACUUAGGCCUAGGUAUGGAAGAGAUCAGCGAAACAAUCGUGUUGCCAGUUUCAUUGGAUUCCAACUUCAAUACUCGAGGUCACUACGGACAUCUCAAACACAACUCCAAGGAGGUAUAUCAAUUCUAUGUUGGUUGGUGGGACGGUAAACCCGCUACCUAUCAGCAACUUCCUCCGGUCGAGCGUGCACAGCAGUAUGUUGCCGACAUGGGAGGAAAUGCAGAAGUACGAAAGAGGGGCGAGUGGCACCGUGACAACGGAAACUACAGAUACUGCGCAGAGAUCAUGAACCACGCGGUUUUCAACGAUCCCACGGAUAUGGAAGCAAAAUACCUGGAAGCUGAUUGUUUGGAACAGAUCGGCUACAGUGAAGAGAGUGGGCCUCGCCGCAAUUAUAUGCUUACUGGGUCUGAAGAGUUACGGCACGGAAAAGGGGCUUACCCACCCGCUGACCUUGGACCGUCGUUUAUUCUGAACAUGCCAUUGUACAUGCUUCUCCAGGGUCUGGAGAUUCGAAUCAAUCCCGAGCAAGCCAACAAAGCGCAAGGACUAUCGAUCUCGGUCGGUGUUGAAGAAACCAACGAGAUGUUCAACGUGCGCAUCUCGAACUCGGUCAUGCUGUCACUACCUAUCACCGACAUGAAUCCACGCUCCGGGUCUACGGCCAGUUUCACAGCCAAAACCAGAUCUGACCUCAUCGCUGCUCUGGUCACCGGAAACUCUUCGCUGGUCAGUGUGACUGGUGAUGUAGAUGCACUCAAGGAGUUUGCUAGUUGCAUAUCCACUGAUGAAGACGCAACUUGGAAUGUGAUGACUCCUAGAGACUUUUACAAACCCAAACCACAGAAGACAUACCCUGCCAGUUUGAUCCAAACAUCAGCGGCACAGACAUCUAUAGCUGAAUCUAAUUGCGCUGAAUGUAUCUGCGCUGAAUGUAACUGCGCUGAAUCUAGCAGCGCUGAAUCUAGCAACGCUGCAUCUAGCAACGCUGAAUCUAGCUGCGUCGAUCAGUCCUGCCCGGACCAAGGUCUGAGUGUGGGUGCUGUAGUAGGUGUUGCCAUAGCAGCACUAAUUGUUGGCUUGGCUGGAGGCGUCGGGGGCACAACAAUUGUUUACCGAAGGAAAGCCAACGCUUGCGCGGCUGAAUCGACCACAGAUCUUGGUUAAAGAUGGCUGUAAUAUACUUCAGUAACGCAAUAAACCUCAAUCACAAAACGUAUACCUCUGCCUACUUCUUACUCAAAAUUUGGUAAAGGUUGGUACAUCAGAAACAUACAUAAAAAGGUUGUACGUUG